AUAUAUCACAUCAAUAAAUUUCGUUCGUGUGGGAAUUCUAUCUUCUCGCUCUUACAAAUUUCCCUUUCCCUCUAUCCUAGGGUUUUGCUUUCAUUCUCCCUCUCUAGGGUUUUCUCAUCCCAAUCGAUCCCCAAUUCCCCCUUUGAUUCCAACACUCGCUGCUUCCCUUUCAUCUCCUAUUUCGACAUCCUCGUUCUGCAUUUCUCGGAUCCCCCAAACCAAAGGUUCAAUUCACCGUUCCCUUCAAUCUAGGGUUUCCUUCGAGAAUGCCUCCAAGAACGGCGAAGCGAGGGUCGGCGUCUUCCGCCUCGAGGAGGGGCGGCAGAGGAGGCAGGGGAGCCGCGAAGGGUGCGCAGAACCAGCAUCAUCACGAGCCGGAGGAGACGCUUAAGGUCGAAGAGAAAGAGCCCGUUGUUGUUGGUGUUGUUGCUGAGGAGGAGGAGCACAAGAUGGUGGUGGAAGAAGAGAGCCCUGCUGUUGAGGUGAAACAGCUUGUGGUUGAGGAGAAGGAGUCUGUCGUAGUGGUUGAGGAUAAGUCUAUUGAUGUGAACCAAAUGGCUCCUGAGGCUGUGGAGGAAGCGGCUAAUGGGUUGCCUAUGGCGAAAAACGAUGAAGACGAGGUUAAGGAGUCCAUAGAUGAAUAUGAGAAAGAUGAACGGUUGGAUUUGGAGGAUAAUGAUCCUGAGUAUGAAGCUGAGGAGUAUGGUGGAGUUGAUUAUGAUGAGAAGGAAAUUGAACAAGAUGAGGGUCAUGAGGUGGGAAAUGAAUUAGAGGAAGAAGAGGCUGAAGAUAAUGUAGGUGAAGAGGGUGAUACAGGUGAGGAAGAAGUUGAAGAUAUUCAUGAUGAAAUUGAGGCUGAAGAGGAGCAUAAGCGUGCUGGUGAGGAGCAUGAGCAUCCAGACUUUGCUGAUGUGGAGGAAGAGGAACACCGAGAAGUUGUGAAGGAGAGGCGAAAGAGGAAAGAAUUUGAAGUUUUUGUAGGGGGCCUGGACAAGGAUGCUAACGAGAGUGAUCUGAGGAAGGUUUUUGGUGAAGUUGGGGUGGUUACAGAAGUUAGGUUGAUGAUGAAUCCUCAGACUAAAAAGAACAAGGGAUUUGCAUUCUUGCGUUUUGAAACUGUGGAACAAGCAAAGCGAGCUGUGGCAGAGCUAAAAAAUCCAGUGAUCAAUGGCAAACAAUGUGGUGUUACUCCUAGUCAGGACAGUGAUACCCUUUAUUUGGGAAACAUAUGCAAGACAUGGACAAAGGAAGCUUUAAAAGAGAAGUUGAAACAUUAUGGAGUUACAAAUGUUGAGGAUUUGACUUUGGUAGAAGAUACUAAUGAUGAAGGAAAGAACCGUGGAUUUGCAUUUUUGGAAUUUUCCUCUCGUUCAGAUGCUAUGGAUGCAUUUAAGCGACUGCAGAAGAGGGAUGUUGUAUUUGGAGUUGAUAAGCCUGCAAAAAUUUCUUUUGCAGAUUCUUUUAUUGACCCCGGUGAUGAAAUUAUGUCCCAGGUUAAAACUGUGUUUAUUGAUGCAUUGCCUCCUUCAUGGGAUGAAGAUUAUGUCCGGGAUCUUCUCAAGAAAUAUGGAGAGAUUGAAAAGGUUGAGCUUGCCAGGAACAUGCCAGCUGCCCGUAGGAAGGACUAUGGGUUUGUUACAUUCGGCACCCAUGAUGCUGCUGUAAAAUGUGCUGAAUGCAUUACAGGCACAGAGUUGGGUGAAGGUGACAAGAAGGCAAAAGUUAGAGCAAGGUUGUCAAGACCACUUCAGAGAGGCCGUGGAAAACACAUUAGUCGUGGGGACUACCGUUCUGGUCGCGGUUCUGGAAUGAUGUCGAGGCCAUCAUGGAGUCGACCUCCACCUCGUAGUUUUCCUCCGCGUGGUGUAAGAGGAAUUGGAAGUCGUGCUCCACCAGUCAGACCAGUUAGUGUGAGAGAUAGACGCCCUAUCAUAUCUGUAUCAGCAAGAAGUAGGCCAGUGCCUCCUCCAUCUAGAUCUUAUGAUAGGAGACCAGUUGCAUCUGCAUAUCCAAAAAGUAGCAUGAAGAGAGAUUAUGGCCGGCGUGAGGAUAUACCACCUCCAAGAAGUAGAGUUGCUACAGAUUAUGGCUCAAGGGUGGCUUCUGAAAGACGACCGUCUUACAGGGAUUAUCCUGCCCGUGGUCCUGGCUAUGCUGAGCUCCCAAGAAGUACAUCUCGUGCUGCACCAAGGAGAGGCUAUGUGGAUGAUGGAUAUAGCCAAAGAUUUGAGAGGCCUCCUCCUCCUCCUCCUCCUCCUCAUCUAAGUUACCGUGAAGGACGUCCCCGAGAUUAUGAUGCUGUGUCUGGCUCAAAACGUUCUUAUGCUGCUAUUGAUGAUGUUCCUCCACGAUAUACGGAUACCAAUGCUCGCCAAUCAAGAGCUCGAUUAGACUAUGAGUAUAGUGGCGGUGCUUCACAGUAUGGUGAUGCUUAUGGUGAUAGACUUGGAAGAUCUAGUCUGGGAUAUGGUGGGGGCAGUAGAAGUUCUAUUUCUAGCCAAGAUUCACAUGGGAUGUAUAGUAGUCGACAAGGCCCAAGUUAUGGAGGAGGUUCUUUUAGUGGCAGUGAUGUUGGUGGCAUGUACUCAUCAAGUUAUGGUGGUGAUUACAUUUCUCGUGGAAGUGAUGUUGGUGGCAGCUCAUAUUCAUCUGUGUAUUCUGGUAGGGGUGUGGGUGGUGGUAGCAGUUAUAUGGGUGGUGGUGGAUCAGGAUCUUAUUAUUGAGAUCUGAUAUAAUAAAGUGGCUGCUGUAGGAUGACCAUUGAAGCUUAUGCAUGUUAUGAUGCCUACAAUUUGGAGACAAAGGAACAUUGCUAUGUAUAGCCUUUUUUCGGAAUUUGUCACAAACUAGGUCAUGUCAAUUCAAGCUAUCUUGGAUCUUCUCUGGAUGGGAUGUAUUAUCAGUAAAUUUGUGCUGUAUGGGCUCAAGUUUAUUAGAGAUGGAAAAAGUAGUGAGCAGUGAUGUGUAAUUAAACCCUGAUUUAUGAUACAUUACUUGGACAGAUAAUGUGAAAGAUUUCCCCACUGCUCCAUCUUCCUUUUCAUUUGGACAAAGACCAGGCUAUAGAUGCUACUUGUUUGGUUAAGGCUUCAUGGAUUUUUACCUGCUGAAUUUAUCAAUAAGUUGGUUCUUUGUUUUGAAUCUCUAAAGAGGUGUUUAGUUACUUUGGAUUACUUUUUUUUUACAGUGAUAUGACCAGAACAGAAGUGAACUAAUUAGCACUUUGUUGAGCAAGUAAUAAAGUCAAAUGAUUAGUUUUUUGGGAUUUAUUUGACUUGGUGUGAUCCUAAGAAGUAAAAAGCAUAAUGCACUGGUAAUGUUUGUUGCUGGAAUGAUUUGUGAUACUUUUGAGAUUUUUCUGCUGAGGGGGACUACAAGACAAUGCUAUAGAUGCAUUGAUAUCUUUCCUUAGCUAGCUAACUGCAUAGAUUUCCUUUUUGCCAUUCAAUCAUUUGUACACACCACCACUGGCAUGGACCUUAGAAGAUCAUUUGCCUUUGCAACAUCUUUUGGGAAAUGCAACAAUCAAGUCAUUAUAAAGUAGCAGAAAAGGAUUGAGUAUCAUUUGUUAUUGAGUUUCUGAAUUGGAACUAAUUAUUUAAGUUGGUUCUUUAUGCACCUACCCCACCCUUCCUGCUUAAUAUAGCAAAACCAACCCUAUCCCGAAGGCAAAGGUUGCCUAAGUUUAUGCUCGUGUGGAUUUGGUUUUGAUUUUAUGUUUAAGUGGGUACUAAGUUUCAAAUUCAUUACUAUUUUUGUUAGUUUCUCAAGGCACUGGAGGCUAUUGCCCAUGGAAUGGGGUAUUUACUAAGUAUGGCUUAUUGAUGGGCUCCUUUAAGACUACAAAGCUUCUUAGAUAUUUUUUCAUAUAAUUUUGCUCAUGCAUAUACACGGAUUUCAGAUUAUUGAUGCAUGAAUAUUCACACGUUUCUUAGGCUUUUCAAAUUGUUAAGCUUACUGUAGUUAGGUGCCAAGUUGAGUUUCAUUGUUCUCACAUCGGUGAGGGUUAUACUGAUACUAACUUAAGUUCUAGUUUCCAGUUUCCUCUCUUGUUUUUUUUCGAUGCAGGGUAUAAGCUCUCCACAGGCCUUGUUUGGUAACUUCCCUUUAUAUGGGAAUUUACUUAUUUUUUACAUCUUGCUUUUAUUUAGUUGGCAGCUGUCAAUUUAGUUGUUGUUUUAGUAAAUCAAUGUUUUGUAGGUUGUUUCAUGCAUGACAUUGUAAACACUGGGCAAAAUAACGUGUUGCACAAAUUUUAUUUUUCGCUUA